AAUUUUAAAAAUAAAUGUGUGAACAAUUUUACUUUUUUACUUCUCUUCAGGAUGAGUGACCUGUUUUGACUACACCCUCUGAUCUCCCGGGCUGCUUUACCACCAUGGCGGGUCCUAAAGGAGACUUUGACUCUCCUCUGUCCCGUUAUGGUGCGCGGAAGCGAGACCUGGACAGCUCCAUGUUGGAAUAUUCGCAUCGCAUGCGAGACAUCAACGCCACAAGGGGAGGUUUGUACCGCUACGAGGGUCGGCUGCAACACGACAGUCCCACGCUAGGGUCGUCUAAGAGUCCUGUUGCUGCUUUUGAAGCGGUUACCCCAAGACACCACAACACUGCCUUCGAGUAUCGCGGUCACAACAGUCCUCAAACACGGUACCCCAGGCACCAACGACCCCUCUCCUUUGACGAGAAAGAACUUCAGCUGAACCAAGCCGCCCGUGACCAGAGACCCCGCAGAGACACCAAGUCGGAGCGUCCUCCUGUCAUCGUCCCCGACGCCGGCUUACCUCCCGUGACAGACGGCGACAGUCUUCGAUCUCAAGAAGACGCCAAACGUUUCCGGGUCAGCCUGGUCCAGGCUUCAGAUCUCUAUGACCUCGUUGACCUGAGUCUCAAGGACAAAGGGUCACGCGAAAAUAGAGCGAGGCUGGCGAACGUGGAAGAAGGAGUUCGCCUUAUGGAGGAGAUGGAAAGAGCUAUUCGACGGAAAAGAGAACACCAGGAGUACUCAACGAGAAAACGAUUCGGAAACGACAAACCGUUGAAACCGAUUCUAUCAGUCUCAGACACCUCUGAUUUGCUUAUCAGUAAGAGCAUCAAAAACGACGUGGCGACAAAGCGAGAUAAAAAUCGCCAGGACAAAACGAAGCAUGAGGAGGUGUACGUGCUGGACGAUGACUCGGACACGACAGGACAAAACACGGCCACACGCCAGGAAUCGGCACCGCCUACAGCAGACAGCAACCGUUUACCCAUAGACGUCUUUCUGCAGCAAGCAGUGUCCACUCAUAAAAAGAAUAUCAUGCAACUCAAAGUUCGACCGAAACGCGCAAAACGCAUGCAGCUUCACAAGCCUGAGCUUCUGGCUAUUCCCGAAGACGGUGGUACGUUUAUACGGCCACUGAAUGCUCCAACGGAUCAAAAGCGGCAUGAAAUGCUGGUCUCCAACUCCAACGUGCCAUUUCCUACCAGCACCUCGCUGACAGCAAUAAGAGAAGUCGCCCCUUUCGGCAAAACUCGGGAGGCUUUUCAAGAGCAGUAUCCCAACAUGGGUAGUCCCCAGAAACAGUCGCCGCGUCAUCAGACUAUUGGUGGUGAUGAACCAGCAGGGGGUAAAAAGUCGCCCCGAAAACCUAAAGGCAUUAGAGACCGCGAGACACGGAACACUGACGGCCUUGACAUUGAUGACCUUCUUCUCACCAGUAUCUACCCACCCAUGCCAUGGGAGGCGGGCGUGGGACGAGACUUGCGCCUACGUCAUAUGACUGUGGACAAGCCUACGCAUAAAGAGCGCGCCCAGAGGAAAAUGAAACGUUUGAUAUUUCUGAGAGAUCAGCCGGACCAGAACUACAAACGAGAAAUUUGAUUUCGUUCUCAGCAAACAGCGGCUACUACACAAUCCUAAUUUAUAUACGUAUCAUAUAGCUCUGCGUGUUCUUCUUUGACAGUGUUGAAAGGCUGAUGGCACUGUUAUUGAGGUCACAAUCACACUUGUGUUACCACCACCACCACCACCACCACCACCACCACCAUCACCAUCAUCAUCAUCAUCAUCAUCAUCAUCAUCAUCAUCAUCAUCAUCAUCAUCAUCAUCAUCAUCAUCAUCAUCAUAACCACCUCUAUACAACAGCAGUAUUAUCUGUAUCACUAUCAUCAUCCUCUCUAGAAAUAUGAUGACCCCCAUUCACCGUCCAGUUUAUGAACAUGCGCUGACUCAACUUGAAUACUUGAAUGUAGAACUGUGGUCAUAGGAAGACGACGGGGUGCUCCACGCUUCCUCUCCACUCUUCAUAAGGGUCCAUUUCAGUGUGGGCAGGCUGAUUGACUCCAUCAUGUUCUGACUUCAGAUGGCUUUUGGUACAUAUAAAAGGAACUGACUUAACCUAGACCGUACGUCCAAAAUCAACGUGGAUCUCACAGCGCACUGACUUACAGGAACAAAUAACAGCUGCCUGUGAUCAUCGAAUUACGCGCAGACAUUUGGGGAGGGGGGUAUACUUUACUUUCACCUGGCUCUUGUUAUGAAAUAAAACAGAUUGAAACUUU